AACACUAGGGUUUCUAAUCAAUGGUUAGCAGGUUCUUUUUAGGUAUAGUUUUGGUUGUGUUUAGGGUUCUAUCAGCACACGUGCACAUAUAUAGUCCACAAGUUUCAUACUAAUGUUAUUAUUUUAAACAUUCUUAGUUGGAGCUUAUCAAGAGAAUUAAAGAUUAAAGACCAAAUGGGGGGACCAUUUGGACUAUAAUUGAGCUAGUUGUGUCUUUUCUUAAAGCUUUUUAGGGUUUAGAUUGCUUCCACAAACCCCCUAAGCAUCCAUGGUUACCUAAGAAAAGGAACCUAACUCAUGCCAACAAUGGAAAUUGCCUGCCAUUGUGUCCCUCAUUGACAAUGACCAGGUUGGCGUCAUGACUCGCCACGUAAUGUUGUCGAACCUUUGCCAUGGACAUGGUGCAUAUACAUAUAGACAUGCACAUACACAUGUGUGUAACGUCUAUAUAGCAGCGACGACGUGUCUGUGUUUGACAGGAUCAAGUUUCUCUUUAUAGAUCAAGAUGGUUGAUGAUAUAGGUACUAAUGCAGAUAGAGACUAUGAUCAUAAGUAUAAUUAUGCAGGUGGUAGCAGUGUUUCGGCUGAGGAUGGGAUCAUCAAGGAACAAGAUCGAUUGCUGCCGAUCGCCAAUGUUGGACGGAUCAUGAAGCAGAUCCUGCCACCUAAUGCAAAAAUCUCCAAGGAAGCAAAAGAAACCAUGCAAGAAUGUGUCUCGGAGUUCAUUAGCUUUGUGACUGGAGAAGCAUCUGACAAGUGUCACAAGGAGAAGCGCAAGACUGUCAAUGGGGACGACAUUUGUUGGGCUUUGGGAACUUUAGGGUUUGAUGACUAUGCUGAACCGCUUAAAAGGUAUUUGCAUAGAUAUAGGGAGUUAGAAGGUGAGAAAGCUAACCAGAGUAAGGCUAGUGAAGAAAAUGAUGAACCUUCAAAUUAUAGAGGUGAACCACCAAUGAAGCAUACAGUUUCACCUGCUCCACUGAAGUUCAAUGUGCUUGAGAGGAGUAAUAGCUCUCUUUCCAAGCGACUUUAGGGGCUUUAGGAGCUUUGAUGAAAUCAUCAUCAAGAUUAUAAUUUCUACUUGUAAAUUAUGAUCUUGAUGAUGAUGAUGUGAUGAUAUAUGUUGUUGGUGAUGAAAAUGGCCAUUCCCUUUUGGGGGUGGGAGGAGUAUUUGUCUGUUUUCCUUUGUACGGGUUUAGAAAUCUUGGGCUUGUUUUUGCUCGACUGUUUUUAGCUUAAGGAUCAUGUGAAAAUUGUGUCAAGCGCUAAUCCUUGUAUCUUCUGCUUCAAAUUAUGAGGUCUGUUCACUGUUGGAGGUAGUUUUACAGAAUAAUAUGAUGAUAUUUGUAUCUUGGUUUGC